AUGAGCGCUACUUCAACACCGCCAAUGAAUCUGUUUCGCAGAAAGAAGGAACAUAGACGCGGGAUCACAUACACAAUGUUGUUAUGUGGGCCAGCAGGAACAGGGAAGAGUUCAUUUGCUAAUAAUUUGCUGGAAACUAACAUUUUUCCACACAAGUAUCAGUAUGCUGAAACAGGCGCCAAUAUUAGCUCCAACCCCGAUGUGAAAGUCGUUGCCCCUACCAAAGUCGUCUCAUUCAACUCCAAGAAUGGGAUUCCAUCAUAUAUCUCCGAAUUCGACCCGAUGAGAGCCAGUCUGGAACCCGGUAUUACUAUCACUUCCACGUCACUGGAGCUUGGAGGCAACAAAGACCAAGGAAAACAGGAAACGAAUGAAGACGACACCGUCUUCUUCAACUUGAUCAUGACACAUGGUGUCGGUGAAAAUUUGGACGAUACGCUAUGUUUUGAAGAGGUUACCUCAUAUUUAGAGCAACAAUUUGAUAUCGUUCUUGCUGAAGAGACUAGAAUCAAAAGAAACCCAAGGUUCGAGGACACCAGGGUUCAUGUCGCGUUGUAUUUCAUUGAACCUACGGGACAUGGUUUGAGAGAAAUUGAUGUGGAGCUCAUGAAAAGCAUUUCUAAAUAUACAAAUGUACUACCAAUAAUAUCUAGAGCGGACUCGUUCACCAAGGAAGAACUGAUUCAAUUUAGGAAAGGCAUUAUGUUAGAUUUGGAAAAAUUCAACGUUCCGAUUUUCAAAUUUGAAGUUGAUCCUGAAGACGAUGAUUUAGAAUCCAUCGAGGAAAACCAAGCAUUGGCAUCACUGCAACCAUUUGCCAUUAUAACCUCGGAUACCAAAAACAGUGAGGGAAAGUACGUAAGGGAGUACCCAUGGGGGGUAAUAUCAAUCGAUGAUAGUAAAAUUUCGGACUUAAAAGUUUUGAAAAACGUCUUGUUUGGUUCUCAUCUACAGGAAUUCAAAGACACUACACAGAAUUUACUUUACGAAAAUUACCGUUCUGAAAAAUUGUCAUCCGUGGCCAACACUGAAGAGAUUGGCCCUAGUUCUACAAAGAGACAAUCCAAUGCUCCAAGUUUAAGCAACUUUGCAUCUUUAAUAAAUACUGGACAGUUCAACUCUUCUCAAACCUUAGCCAACAAUUUGAGACCAGACACACCAAGAAACCAAGUUAGUGAAAGAUUCAAUGAAAAUGAAUAUGAAGGCAAUCGUGAACAUGAUUCUACGACGAAUGAACAAGAAAUGUCACCUGUUAGACAGAUGGGCCAGGAGAUUAAACAAGAAAAUGAAAAUUUGAUAAGAUCGAUCAAAUCCGAAUCAUCGCCAAAGUUUAUGAACUCUCCAGAUUUACCAGAACGGACCAAAUUAAGAAACAUUUCAGAAACUGUACCAUAUGUUUUGAGACAUGAAAGGAUCUUAGCCAGACAACAAAAAUUAGAAGAAUUAGAAGCUCAAUCGGCAAAGGAAUUACAAAAAAGAAUCCAAGAAUUAGAAAAGAAGGCACAUGAAUUGAAACUGAGAGAAAGGUUAAUCAACCAAAAUAAAAUAAAUGAUUCCUCAUCCUCAAUCAAUUCUCUACAACAAAGCACAAGAAGCCAAAUUAAGAAAGGUGACACAUAUACCGAUUUAGCAUCUAUCGUAUCUGGUAGGGACUGA